AUGAGAGAUAGUGAUGUUACUGUGGAAGGUGGGGAAGCAGCUGGUGAGAAGUUACAAAAGAAGGUGGAAGAGGUGUUAGUUGAGAAAAAGAAGUUAGAAAAGCGUGUUAAGACUGUCGAAGCUGAAAAUUCAUCUUUGUUGAAGAAGGUUGAAGCAGAUCAAGCAGGCAUUGAUAUUCUGAAAGUUCGUAUAGCAGAGUUAGAAGAAGAAAAAGCUAGAAGAGAUGAACAGAAUGAAUACUUCAAGCUGAAAAACAAAGAGUUGGAAGCCAACAAUGCUAAGAAAGAACAUGAAUCGUAUAUGAUGAUGAAAGUGUUAGAAAAUUUGAUUGGAAAGCCAAUUGAACAGAGGUUUGAAGAAAUAGAGCUUGAAGAAGUACGAGCUAGACGAAAAGUUGAAAUCGACGCUGAAAUGAAAAACAAAGGCAAAGGUGUUCCAAUUGAAGGUGUUGCUGAAGUAACUGAAAGGGAAAUAGUUGUGUCUGAGCCAACAAUAGAUCCUGAAAUGUCUAUUCUUGAUCCAUGUCCAAUAUCGUCAGUAUCUGGUACUACAGGCAUAAAAGUCACUAAAACGUUUAAUGAAGAAAAGAUUGAUGAAUAUCUUCAUGAUGAUACAAACGAAAAGCCUGAGAAUGUAUAUGGUGAGGGGGAGCAUGAUGAUGCAGAGAAUGUUGAUGAAAGUGAUGAUCAUGUGACAAGACUGAUUCUACGUCUUGAACAUGGUGUAGAGGAAGGUGAAAUUCUGCACACUUACACUUUAGCUGAGAUCAUAAAGAUGAUGCAUGUUGAUGAAAAUGAAUUCAAGGUUGAUUUUGAAGAAGAACUGAAUCAGUUUGACAUUAAUCAGCAUCCUGAAUAUCAGUAUAAGUACGUGGAAGAAGCUGAUAACUACGAUAAAGUUGAAGUUGAAGAUUGGAGUGAUGAAGGUCAAUCUGAGAAUGUGAGCGUGGAUACUUCUAGUUUUCCGACGCUUGAAGAGUUUUUCAGUCAAGCGAAUGAAGAUGAAUUAAGAAGGAAGGUUGCUGAGAGUGUAAAGAACAAGAGUUUUCAUGAAAUUUCAAAGGAUGAACAGCGAGAAGAAAGAAAGAAUUGGUUCAAGAAAGAUACUGAGAGAAAAUUCAGAAGACCGUUGAAGUAUUACAAAAGAGACAGAGAAGUUUCUUUUGGUGAUAUUAUCAGUUGGGGGUUUCUGCCUCAAGUGAAUGCGUAUGCAAUCAGAAGAGAAUUUGGCGUUUAG